AUGUUGAUAGUUAGAAAUAACUUGAAACAUUAUCAUCAUCAUUGUAAUUUAUUCAAAUCGAUUACUACAACUAUAACUAGUAGCAGGAAUUGUACAACAACAACGACGACAACGACAACAAAGAGAAAUAAUAAUAAUAAUAAUAAUAAUAUCAUAGAAUAUCAUAGUAUGAGUGUAACCGAAAAUAUUAAAGAAGAAGUUCCUCGAGAAGACUCUACUACUACUACUACUACUACUGUAAUAAACAGUAACGGUAGUAACACUAGUACAAUUAAUAAUAAUACAAAUACAACUAGUACGACGAAAAAAAAGAAUAAUAAUAAUAUAGAGAAUAAAAAGGAAAGACCAAUUAAAUCAAGAGAUGAAUACCUAAGUUAUUUUAAAAGUAAAGAAGAGAGAUUACAACGCAAUGUACUUGAAAACAAUAAAUGUCGUAAUUGUUGGAUGACGACCAAGUUUUGUUUAUGUGUACUCAUCAAACCAGUUCAAUUCAAACAUCGAUACAUUACACUAUUCCAUCACAAUGAAUGGGGUCGUGCAAGCAACACUGGUAAAAUAAUGGCAUUGUCUGCAAACAAGGAAAAUUGGAUCAACAAACACCCAGACUUGAAACUCGAAGAUCAAUUGGCAUCACCUGACAACAACACGUUGGAUUGGUUAUCAGACACUGUCAAUCAAAAUGACUAUUCCAAACUAUUGGUCGUUCAUCAAAAAGAGGAUGAAGAGAUCCUACAACAUAUAUUAAAUACAACCGAUCACUCUAAAAUAUUUAUCCUAUUUCCAAGUGAAAAUUCAAUCGAUAUUUAUGAUUAUAUUGAUAGAGUUAAUGGAAUAAAUAAUAAUCAAAAAGAAAAGGAAAUUAUACAACCAAUCAAUCCUGAAACCAUAAAACAACAAAAACAAGAAGAUGAUAUAGAUAAUAAUAAUGAUAAUAACGAUAAUAACGAUGGAACAACUUUAAAUAUAAAACAACUACUUGAAAAAUUAAAUUUAAAUCAAAGCUGUGAAAAUAAUGGAGAAUUACCUCAACUGACAGCUAUAAUAUUAGAUGGAACAUGGCAUCAAGCAAAGAAAAUAGCAAAAUUAAUUCCAAAUGAUGUUGCAAGAGUACAAAUACAUUUUGGAAAUGAUAAAAUGAGAUCAAUGUAUAAUAUACUUAGAAAACAACCUCAAGUUGAUAGAAUAUCGACGUUAGAGGCAGCCAUUAUCACCAUGAAGGUUUUAGGUGAAAAGAAAGAUGUUUGUAUGGAUAUGGUUGAUAACUUGGAAUUAAUGAUCUCAAGGUUAUCAACCCAAAGUGGUGGUUACAGAGGCGAGAUUAAUUGGGUUGGUGAUGAUUCUGAAAGAUCAACAAGAAGAAAUAAAAUUAUCAAACAAUAA